AGCGCUCAUCGCGAACCCUACUUCCAAACCGCGCUGUCUUCUUUGUUUUUCUCUUUUCAAGUUGCAGCUUCACGCGCGCGACGGAGCACUGAACUUCCCGUUGUUUGUUCGUUUUUGAUCUUUACCGUCCUUCCUUAUCUUGGAGGUAAGGGGGGGGGGGUUCGAUUUGCAAACGACAGCAAAAACUGAGUAACGUCCACACCAGAGGAGCGAAUCUACUGACGGGGAAAGCUCUCCCUCUCACCACACGCAGAGCGGCAUAGAAGACACGGAAAGGAAUACUUCAGAUAUCGAUACGCACAUACACGCAUACAGACACAUAGAUACGUACUUGACAACGCAGAGGUGACAGUGGAUUGUCUGCUUUAUAUUUUCUCUGUUGAAGAAGGAAAAAACACUCAUCACCACCGCGCACACCUGCCUCCCACGCCAUGUACAAGCAACGCGACAACGAAUACCACCCGCCCAUGACGAGCGAUCCAACGGGCAGCGGCAUCGUCUCCUCUGCCUUCACCGCGCACACCAACAGCAGCAGCGACGACAUUCACAACAACGUGUUUGCUGGCCCCGCCGUAGCAGCCGGCUCCCGCAAGCGCGGCCGUGACAUUCGCGGACUGGAGCGCUUCCGCAGCGUCGUGUACGGCGAGGACGGCUUCCGGCGGCUACACGCGAUGGUGGCGCGCAACCCCGUUUUGGUGUACCCACCAGAAGGGAUCGAAGAGGCUCGUGCGCGGGUGGCAGGCCGACUGCGGGCUGCGCAGGAGCAACAACAGCUACAGGACCGCUGCAACCUUCUCAGCGGUGGCGGCACCGGAAAAGCCGAAGUGGAGGAAGAUGUGUUCGCCUUGUUUGACGAGCGCAGAGCUGCCGAGCAACAGCAGCAGCAGGAGGAUACGCUGCCCAGCGCAACGCUACGUGAAGCGGCCCAACAACCCCCGCUGCAGCAGCAGCAGCAGCAGUCACUCUCCUCCUUGGCGGCUCUUCGCCGCGAUGAGGAGCUCGCCAAGAACCACCACAAGCAGCUCGACAGCUUCCUGCGACUCCUCUACGAAUUUAACCACGUCAGUUUUGUGAAGCUGCCGAUGGAGGACACGUUGCAGCUGCUCUCGAGGUGCGGGAAGGAGGCCGUCGCACACGUCCUGGAGUACGAGACGCAGGUGCGACUGAAGCGGCAGGUGCGCCUGCGGGAACUGACGGAGUUGCAGGAAGAGGCGAAUAAGUUGGCCACGCGCCGCAUGGCCGCCGAGGAGGCGGAGCAGGCGCGGGAGCUCGCGGCAGCGGAGCAGCGGCAGGCGGAGCUGGACCUCUUCGGACUCGAUCCCGCGCUGGAUCCGCUACCGCAGGAGAACGCGGAUACAAAUCGAGAAGUACAGGAACGUCUUGCUGCGGCUCCGCAGGUGCACUUCGCGUUGGACGAAAAGGUGAAGGAGGAGGAAGAGGAGAAGGACACGGAUUUGGUAGAGGCAACAGGGAACGCAGACGUCCCCCUGCCAGUCGUCCGCGACGACGGCGACGAGCGUGCGCCUCCGAUGCCGUCGAAUACCUCGGCUUUCGCUGCACCACCUCCAGCUGCGGGACAACUGCUAGACCCGUCGUGA